CCAAGACGUCAAGCGGGGUGCAGCCUGGUGACGUCUUGCUCGGAGUCUCUCUGGCAUGUGAUUGGUUGGUCGGAUGUGACGCAGUCUCGCUCAGGCCCCGCAACGCGGAAGUGAGAAGGCUCCCCAAACACCGUCUUCUUCUUCAUAGACCCGGAAGGAAGAGAUUCCCGUGUUAAACAUUGUACAACCCACAAACCCGGCACAUCGGGAGACGGACUGACCCACGGAUCCGGUUACAAUGGCGGCCAACGGGACCAACCUGCAGGUAAUGGAGCUCUCGGUGGCCUUACUCCCCAUAACCGGAAACCCCCAUAACCUUCAUAGGGCCGCCUGGUACACCGCGCUGUGCUGCACUCCUAUCACGGUAUCACAGUCCGACAGCGGGGACCAGGCACAGAGAGUGUACACAGAGAGUGUACACAGAGAGUGUACACAGAGAGUGUACACAGAGAGUGUACACAGAGAGUAUACACAGAGAGUACGUAAUGCAGGGCAGAAGAACCUGCCAGGCCAUGCCAGGCUGACACAGGAUGACGGUAAGUAUCCGGGAGAGAGUGGCUGAUGGGAGUCCAGGUAAGUGGAUCCAAUUCAUUUUGUAUCCUAAAUCUGUUUUACCUGUUACUAUAGGAUACCGUGUGACAGGGGAACCAAUCUGAUCCACAGGCAGGGAAGCCAAAUGUUCACACUAGUACAACUUACAUUGAUACAUGUGAAUACCAGCACCGAGCUUGUUUCGUUUGAUUGCUUACUAGAGUGCCAGUAACAAAUAUCUAUUAACAGUUCAUGUAUUGUUAGUAUGACUUCCAGCUUUUUUUUUUUUUUUUUUUACUUCAUGUUCAAAACCAGGUAGAUGAGUUAAAAAUCCCAUCAUCCUAUUAUUAAUUACAAUGUCAAAUUGACAUCUCAAGUUAAAACACCUUAAAACGACGUAUUCUACCUGAUGUACCCUGUCAACCUAUUCUGUGCCUGACAUAUUUGAAGUAAGAAACUUUCUAAACUGGCCUUGCCUCUUUCCAUUCACACACUCCAAUGCAACCUGAACAAGUAGUAUACAUUCUUGUUUAGCCCUAUUUUGUAAUCACAUUUACACACCAGGCUCUUUUUAGAAUGUACUGGAGUGUUGCGCCACAAUAUUUUAUAUUUGGGGACAGUAGAUGGAAUCUGAUUAGAGUUGCCAGAUUCACCAUAUUUGGUUUUUGAAGAGUCACUCCUUCGUGUUUUAUUAAGCAUAUAAGUGUUUGUUUUAAAGAUUGAUAAUUAUUGAAUGCUUUUGGCAUUCUCAGUUAUGUGUGAAAUAAUAUUUAAAGGGACACUAUAGUCACCAUAACCAUUACAGCUUAAUGUAGUGGUUCUGGUGUGUUAUAGCAUGUCCCUGCUGGCUUUUCAAUGUAAACACUGCCUUUUCAGACUAAAGGCAAUUCUUACAAUGCUGCCUAGUGCCAGUCACUCAGGCCAUUAGAGGUGCUUCCUGGGUCAGUUCUGCACAGUGUGAAGCAAGCACCUACAUUCAACGUCUCCACGCUCUAAAUAGACACACUCCCCACAGAGAUGCAUUGAUUUUAAUGCAUCUCUAUGAGGAGUUGUUAAUUGGCGCUUCGCAUUAUACACAAUAACUUCCACAUUGGUUUGGCUGAGAUCACCAAGAUCUUAUCAUCCACUUACAAACCACACAUGAAAAAGCCAUAUUCCUCACGGCAGUUUGGGGCUAGUCACUCCAUCUUCCCAGACCUCCUGAAGAAUACUCUAGUUUGGUGGAUGUCAUCUUAGCUGCUGUUGUAGGUUCUCUGUCCCGGGGAAGUGUCCCCAAAGGUGCUCAUAUUUUCAUACCAGGGCUAACCUCCCCGUGCAUGGAACCCAUCUAGAACUGGUAAGCUGUAUGGGCUUCUUUCAGCUAAGAGAGAUAUAAAUACACCGUUGACAAGCCUGGAACCCUCUAACAUCCUUGUAUUUACACAUGUGUCCCCUAGGCCACUCAGCCACUGUGGUGGUCUCCUAAAUGGCACCUUGUAUACAGUCCUCAGCGGUAGUAUGCCACACAAGGUUUGGAAGACUUUCUGAGGCCUCUGUUGCAUUUCCAUUGCUAAUGUGUUAUCUUUUUUUCCAAUUACUUUUUUGUUGCUUAUAUUUCUUUUUACUUUUUGAACUGUUGUGUUUAUAUUUCUAAUUCCGAUUUGGACGCUCUCCAGAUACAAGCCUGUACAGGCUGCCUCGUAGCCUACCCUCAUGUGUUGCACCACCUGUUAAUUUUGACAUGCCAAUUAUGCAGUUUUGAGGGUGUUCUCUCCCCCACUCACAAACACAUUUAAUUUAAUGUACCUUAAUUGCAUUCUCCAUAGUGCGGGUAAGCUGUUGCCCUAUGAAGCUAACUUGUUAGCCACCGUUUAAGUUUAGCUUUAGAGCUAUAAAUCAUACCCAAAAUCAUUCAAUAACCCUGAUAACUAGCAGGGUAAUUGCACCUAAAUCUUUAAACCCUCUAAUCAUCAAUUACCCUAAUUCUACUCCAAAACCCCCUUAACACUGAUACGCCGACCAUGAAUACAAACAUGCCUUUUACAUUAGCCGCUUUAUAGGUUUAUUGAUGCAAGACAAUUGGACUGAAUGCAGUCAAACAUGCAUUAAUUUAAGAGUGCACCAUGGUGCCUCCUGUCGUCAUAACGUCAUUUAGAUGAAUUUGUUGUGGUGACCAGACUGUCCCAUUUUUGGUUUUGUGUUCUUUAUUUCUUGUGACAAAAUUUAAAGGGUUAAUUUAUAUUUUAGGCAUAUCUGCAUAAUAGCUCUGUAUAAUUUAUUUUAAUAUUUCUGUUCAUGUGUCUGUGUUUCUCAAACGAAAUUGUGUGUAUAAUCAGUGUAAAUAAAGCAUAACAUUCUCCUUAUUAUCAUGUUGCAGUAGCCCCGUGUAAGAAUUCCAGUCAAUCAUCUUGGCACCUUUUUCCCCUAGCUUAGUGUCAUUUUAAGUUUGUGCAGCAUCAAAUCCACGUACUAUAAGUUACUGCUAACGAUAUACUACACACAAAAUAUGCUACAUAUACGAAUAAACUUUUUAUUUGUUUGACUAAAACUUGUAUUUUGUUACAGAAAGCAAUUGACUUGGCUAGCAAGGCAUCUCAGGAAGACAAAGCAGGAAAUUAUGAAGAAGCUCUACGUUUAUACCAGCAUGCUGUACAAUAUUUUCUCCAUGUGGUAAAAUGUAGGUUAUACAAACUAUUUUUGGGGGGGAGGUGGGGGGGUUGUUUUUAUUUAUUUGUCUAAUGCAAAUUAGACAUUUGUCAGGACUAAAGAAGAGCUAUAAGUGUCUGGAUUUUAGAUUUAACUCUGCUUUUUAAAGUUUAGUUGUGGAUAUGGGUUUUGACACCUAUUGUCAAGGUGAUAAGAAGAAACUGAUAUUUUCUACGUGAGCAUCUGUUUAAUUGCAAGCACUGUAGUCUUGCAUGCACCAUAUGUCCUUAAAGCUUCCAUAUUGGUAGCAUUUGAUGGGACAACGAUCAUCAAGCUACAAAACAUAGGUUGAUAGCAUGGGCAAGUUGAUCUUAGCACUGGACUGAUUACAAACUUUAAAUGUGUCUUUAGAAAUAAAAAAACGUGUUUUAUCUUAAAUAACACAAUGUGUAGGGCACCAAAAGAGAGAACUUUUUUUUUUUUUCCCAUGAAGUACUCCUUUAAAUAUUUAAUGUUCAAUAUCACGUUCUGAGAAUUUAACUUUUUAAAGCAGCAAUCCAAGCACCUUAAAGGGACACUAUAGUCACCAGAUCAACAAUUUCUUAUUGUAGUCGUUCUGGUGAGUAUAGUCUGUCUCUGCUUACAUUUUCAUGUAAACACUGUAUUUUCAGAGCAGAGGCAGUGUUUACACUACAGCCAAGGGCACCUAGAGGUGAUUCCUUGGUCAGUGCUGCAGAGUGUGCAGCACUGUUGUUCCGCGUUUCCAUUCUCUGCAGACCCUGAACUUUCUGCAUAGAGAUAUGUUGAUUCAAUGUGGGGCAUUUGACCCUGCCCCGCCUCCUUGACUGAGAUCAUAUGGGAAAGCAUUGUGAUUGACUGAGAUCAUCAAUUCUGAUUAUGUGGGACGGAGCCCGCGCUGGCGGGCCUGUGUGGCACUGGAAAUGGAGUGAGUUAUUACUAGAUUUAAGGGAGUCAAGCAGGGAUCCAGAGGGCUACAUAGACACUAUAGGGUCAGAAAUACACAUUUGUAUCCCUGUUGUUCAUUUAAACACUCCAGCCUUAUAUAAUGGCUAUAGAGCCAGUAGUGUUGCCAUCCAGGAAGAAGUAGACAAACCACUUAAGAGUGGUUUGACAACUUACUUGGGAUCUGUUGGUGUCUGCCGUCACCACCUCAUCUCUAGCCGGAAGCCCUGCCACUGAACUAAACUUGGCCAUGUAGUGCUUAGCUCAUUGGCUGAUAGCACUUAACUUACACCCUCAGCCAACAAGCCAGCUCUGCACAGCAAGGCUUAGCUCACUGGAGAAAACAAACUCUUUGCGGCGCUUCCAGCUCCAGGGCAGAUUUUGAUGGGCACCUGUCAAACACCAGGUAUGUUGUCAAACCAUUUCUAAAUAGUUUGAUUGAUUUAUUCUAAGAGAACUACAGUGUUUAUGGUAGUUGGAGUGUAUCUUUAUCUCCUGCAAAAGUCAAAUAACCAAGCAACGGUUAAUAAAAAUCCUGUGCUUAUACAUCACAUUUGUUUUCUGAGGCAUCAAAGCACAUAACAAAAUGCCACAGGAUACUACAACUAAGAAUGAUAAAAGGCAGUGUUGGGAUUCCAACAUGACCAAUGUGACCCUGAAGUUACACACCAACCUUUUCAGCAGGCUCAUUAUUUCACUGCAAUAUCUCACUUGAAAUGUAACUCUCUAAUUUUGUUAUUGCAUUUGUAGAUGAUGCACAAGGUGAAAAGGCAAAACAGAGCAUCAGAAGCAAGUGCAUAGAAUACUUAGACAGAGCAGAACAGUUGAAGGCUUACCUAAAGAAAAAGGAAAAGGCCCCUCCUAAACCAGUAAAGGAAGGUGGACCACGUUCUGAGGAUAAAGGGUAUGUAGUUUAGAGAAUGAAAUCAAUACGAUUGUUGAUGUGGUGUUUUUAUAUGCAUAUUUUAAGAAUAAUCUCCAUUACUUGUAUCCCGUAUUAUCCAUAAUCCUAUGAUUCAUGGCAAUUUCUUCCUUUUUUUUGUUCAUUGAUUCUUAUUUAAUGUUUGGUAUUUAGCUUAUUUUACUUAAAAGGGAAUGCAUCACUUCUCUGGAAACACUACCACUGAAUAAAUCAUGGAAAAUCACCUAUAACUUGUCUUAAAGGACCACUAUAGGCACCCAGACCACUUCAGCUUAAUGAAGUGGUCUGGGUGCCUGGUCCAGCUAGGUUUAACCUUUUUUGCUGUAAACAUAGCAGUUUCAGAGAAACUGCUAUGUUUACAAUAGGGUUAAUCCAGCCUCUAGUGGCUGUAUCAUUGACAGCUGCUAGAGCACUGAUUUUCACAGUGAGAAGACGCCAGCGUCCAUAGGAAAGCAUUGAGAAUGCUUUCCUAUGAGACUGGCUGAAUGCGUGCGUGGCUCUUGCCGCGCAUGCACAUUCAGCCAGGGACGUCAGAAGAGGGAGGAGAGUCCCAGCGCCGAGGGAGCCCAGUGCUGGGGAAAAAAGGUAAGGGAUUAACUCCUUCCUCCCCCUUCAGCGCCACAGGAGUGGGACCCUGAGGGUGGGGGCACCCUCAGGGCACUAUAGUGGUCCUUUAAAGCUAUUUUUUACUUCACGUAAUUCUUCAUUUUUAUUUAAACCUGAAUUUUGUUUCAGUAAAGCUUUAGUAAUUGACAUCAUAAUUUCAGUCCUCUGCAAAGAGGGCACAUAUUGGAGGAGGAUAAACAAACCUUGUUUCUAAUUUUUUUUUAUUUAUUUAUUUUUUUCUCCUUUUCCUACCAACUAGUUGGUGCAAGGGGCAGAGUUUAUAACAGUGAUUGCCAGGGUAGAGUUAAAUGUACUUGUUAGGAUUUCUUUUUUAACUUUUUAUUUAUCAGACCUCAAAAAUACAUAUUUAAUACAGGGGACAAGUAAAUAUGAUAUUAAUCGUGGAAAGGGAUGGUUCUCAAUUGGUUUCCCCAUCAGUUGCAUCUUCACCUAGAUUUUUGUAUCUACUUGUAGCUUUUACUUGGGCAGGAUCAAGAACUGGUUCCAGGGGCAUAUUAAUUGCUUGUCAUCCUCUAUUAUAUCAAAGCUGUUUAAUAUCCAAUUCUUAUUCAGGAUAAGCCUUCUUGCUUACUAUGUAUAACUAGCUGUCAGUCCGUGGGUCCUCCUUUUUUUUUUUUUUUUUUUUGGACUCCUGGAAAGGGCACAGACUGCUUCAUUUGGUUGUGUUCUUGGAGUGCAGGCACAUGACUCUAACAGUACCCAACAGACCAAGCCGGUGUAGUCUAACUGACUGUACCACCCCUCCCAGAGGGGCAGGGGCGUUUGGACUGAUCUGCAAUUAACUCAUGGCGAUUUAUAAAUAAAGGAAAAGUGUCAUCUGAAUCCCAUGGAUCCACCGGACCCCUUAUGAGCUGACUGGAGGAGAUUCUAGAAGUCCCUGUUCAAGUUUUCAAAUCAGGAUACAGCUGUUACUGCAACUCUGAAACACCAGCAGUGUACAUGGUUAAAUUAUAUGAUCCACACUGCAUUAAAAAGAUAUAGGAGCAUCGUGAUGACUAAAUGUACUUGUACUAGGCAGAAAUAAUAGCUCUUGCUGAGGAUUUUUAGGAACUUGAUAUGUGAGUAUUUUUAUUUUUUUUUACAUAUUUUUAAAUUUGAACAGACUAUUGGUUUUAAUUCAUUAUCUGCUAUGCAUUAAAGGAGCACUAUAGGGCCAGGUACACAAAUGUAUUCCUGACCCUAUAGUCUUAAAACACAAUCUGGCCCCCCACUGUGCCCUCCUAAAUAUAGUAAAAUCUAACCUUUUAUUCCAGUCUGCAAAUACUGGCUCUGCCCCUGAUCUGCCUAUUUGGCAGACAUCAUAAGAAGGAAAAGCAUAGGAAAGCAUUGGGUUGGCUAAGAGUGUCAAGGAGGCAGAUCAGGGGCAAAGUCAGCACAAGCCCAACACCACCCUGGCCAAUCUGCAUCUCCUUAUGAGGAAAGUUCAGUUUCUUCACGCAGAGGGUGGAGACCCUGAAUGUCAGUGCUGCACACUGGGCAGGAAGGUGCUCCAGGUAGCACCUCUAAUAGCCAUCUGAGAAGUGGCCAGUGAAGGUAUCCCUAGUCUGUAAUGUAAACACUGUCUUUUCUCUAAAAAAAAAAUGUGUUGAUUGCAAAAAAGCCUAAAGGGACUGAUUAUACUGUGUUGCAGUUGUAAGCUGUAGUUGUUCUGGUAACUAUAGUGCCCCAUUAAAAGGUUGGCCAACUCCAAAUGUCCAUUCAACAUCUCAAAUAUUCAGCUGAUGCAUUUUUGUCACUGGCAGUGAAAGUGUAUAUGUUUAGCAAUAUCUUCUUUUGUAUUUAGAAAUGAUAGCGAUGAAGGAGAUUCAGAAGAUCCAGAAAAGAAAAAGCUGAAGACUCAACUUCAAGGUAAAUAAAAUUGUGUGUGUGUGUGUGCUUUUAUUCUUUAUAUACUUUUUAAAGUAGAUGACAGGCAAGUUUUGAUACAGUAUCCCUAAAAUUGCCAGAUCCAUAGUGAUAGACAAAGAAGUUCCUAAUUAUAGAAUACAUAAUCAAGUGUUCUGUCAUAACUUUCUACAGCUUGCAAUUACUUUAAAAAGGGGUAUUUAAAAAAAAAAAAUACACAGAUGUCCCUAGUCCUUCCUAUGAGAGAAGAGUUUUUAAGUAAAAUUUUAAAACCACUUUACAUAGGGUUAAAUACAUGUAUUUUUACAGAGAUUUUCAUAUGCCAGGGAGUUAUGAUUCUCAAGAAUGGAACUGCUGAGAAGCUCAACCUACUGUGUACAUAUACCCUUCAAUUUCAAUAGUAAUAAUUUCUUAUCUAUAGAAAGCCGGAUCCUCUUCACUUUCUGUUCCUUAUGUCAAUCAUAUUAUCUGAAAAUUUAGUAUGUGUCUUAUUUAGCUAUUGUAGAGCACUGCGGAAUAUGUUGGUAUUAUAUAAAUAAAUUUAAUGGUGCAGUUUGUUCCUUUUCCGCCUUGUGUGACCUCCUAAACACAGUUGUUGGUUAUGAUGCCUAUUCUGGCUCCUUAAUUUGGUAGUUGCAUACCUAUUUCUGGCAGCUGAAAGGGACAUGCAUCACUUGACAAUUUAUUUAUUUUUUUGAAAAGCAAACAAACCCUAUUAAACAAAUGUACAAACCAGAAUAAAGCAAGAAGACCUUCAAUAAGUAGGUGAUACAUGUUUAAUUGCAAUUGUCCCAAAGAGAUACAUGUCUCUUCAUACUGUUCUCUGGCGGAAUUUCUAAUCUUUCUCUGUUUCUUAAAGGUGCCAUUGUCAUGGAGAAACCAAAUGUGAAAUGGAAUGAUGUUGCUGGACUUGAAGGUGCAAAGGAAGCCCUCAAAGAAGCUGUGAUUUUGCCAAUAAAAUUCCCUCAUCUUUUCACAGGUGAAAUGUUACUACUUUUUUUUUUUUUCCCCUCUUAUUUUAAGUUUUUACUUGCAUUGUACAUUUCUGGUCAUGUUUAAUUAAACUGUGUCCAUACAGAUUUAUUGAGAAGUGGUAGCUUUCUAAAUGGCAUCUGCACAGUACUGAGUUUAUACAGCUAGGUUUCCGUGGGAGCAGGAAGGAACCUUUUGUAUAUUAAAAAAAAAAAAAAAAAACUGUCCAUGUGACGCAAGGGCCUGGGCCUAUAUAUACCCUUGCUUUUCCAUGGUCCAUUGACCUUACAUGGCUCCAGAGCCCUUUAGCAUGUUCUGUAUUUCCAGAUUUCUUGGUUGGUUCAUGGGACUUUUUCUCACUGUGACAAGGGUAUUGGCACAUGCCUAAUGUACUAGUCAUCCAGUGCGUAGAGUAGUCGAAUUUGAAGUGCCUCUGUGGGUGGAGUUAGUUUUUAGUACUUGUAGUAUAGAUUUCCUUGGUUAUGGCACAAGUGCAAAAUAAUGAUUGAGGUUUCCUGAGAUGGAAUAACUUGCAGUUUUUGUCUAUCAUCCACGUAUCUGUUUGUUUGUUUUUGUGUUUUUUUACUUUAAACAAAGUAUUUGUGUACCUAUAUAUAAAAAUGCAAGUAGCUCCUUCUUCCUUUUUUUAUACCUUGAAUAUGUUUAUUGGGAUCAACAUUUCCACUAACCAUUGGCAAGUGAAAGUUUAGCCCUGGUAAAUAGGACAUAGACUUUCGAUGCUUGCAGUGGCACAUAACUUUUAAAGCCUUGCCACCUCCACACGGUCAACCUACCCACAUACUGCAUCCAAGCUUAAUUUAUGUAUGUGUGUUUUUAUUUUUAUUUUUAAUUUUUUUCGUUGCAACAGCUGAAAUGCACAUCCUGUAAAUAUUGUACUCUUAUUUCAAAAAGUCAAAUUUUACAAUAUUAUGACCUCCAAAUUCAUUGCAGUCAUUGGAAAUAGUUUUCAAACUUAUUUCUUAGGUAAGAGAACUCCAUGGAGAGGAAUCCUUCUCUUUGGACCUCCAGGAACAGGGAAGUCCUACUUGGCCAAGGCUGUGGCUACAGAAGCAAAUAACUCUACAUUUUUCUCCAUAUCCUCUUCGGAUCUUGUGUCGAAAUGGUUAGGAGAGAGUGAAAAGUGAGUUGGCUUUGUAUAUGUGCAUGAUAUAAAUUAGUGUAUUUUUGAAAGUGAUGAAAUAAAUAUCUGUUUUUCAGAUUGGUAAAGAAUUUGUUUCAGCUUGCCAGAGAACACAAACCCUCGAUCAUUUUUAUUGAUGAAGUUGAUUCACUGUGUGGGUCAAGAAGUGAGAAUGAAAGUGAAGCUGCUCGUCGAAUUAAAACAGAGUUUCUAGUGCAGAUGCAAGGUAUUACUUUGAUACUAACUUGUAGGAGUCAGUGUGCAGCGGUUUAACAAAAUAUUUGUCUUAGUGAAGGUUUUAUAUUUUUAAAAAUGUUUUGUUUUAUAUGUUGCAGCAGCAAUGUAAAGCGAUUUUGUUGGCUUGCUAAUUCUAUUUUACAAUAUCUAAAUACUUUGUUUUAAUUCUAGGGGUUGGAAUUGAUAAUGAAGGCAUAUUGGUUUUGGGAGCAACAAAUAUACCAUGGGUGUUAGAUUCUGCUAUCCGGAGAAGGUAUGCACUAAAGGUCUAAACGGAAAUGUAUUUAUUUUACUAAAACAAACAAUUGAUUAAUGAUUACUGGUACUAUUUCCUCAAAUACCAUAAUUAUUGUUCACAAAAAAAAAUCAUGAUUACUAUUGGUCUUUGUUGGAAAGUUUCAUAAAUUAUUAUUUCUUAUAUCUUUGCCUAGGUUUACUUAAAGGGACACUAUAUAGUCACCUGAUCAACUUCAGCUUAAUGGAGUUGUUCAGGUGAGUACAGACUUUUUCAUGUAAACACUGUAUUUUCUGAGAAAAUACAGUGUUUACCUUAGGAUCUAUGAGCACCUCCAGUGGCAGUCACGCAGACGUCCACCAGAGGUACUCCCGAGUUAUGCCCUGCCUGAUGCGCAGGACUCACGUUUGAUGUCUUCACGUUUAGCUGAAGACAUCAAACGUGCUAUCAGGACACAGGAGGCACUGUGAACGCGCCUCCUGUUUCCUGUAGUAUCCUCGGAGGCUGUCGUCAGCUAGAGCCGACAGUGUGGGAGAUGUUUCUCCUGCACACACAGCGUUGGCUCUGGCUGAAAGCAGAAGGCUUGAGACCGAGCAGGAGUAUCCUGAGAUCUGACUUCAAACCGUAAGUAAAUAAGUGAUUGAGAGAGAGGGCAUAGCGGUAUUCCCCACAUUUAAGUGUUUUGAGCUGCUAUUACACUUUUUUAGAAUUUUAAGCGCUUACUUCAAACACACAAAUUUUUACACCUUACUGGAGUAAAAGAUUUUGCAGAGAGAGAGAGAUCGGAAAGAAAGAUAAUUCCACAAUGUUACCAUCUGCACUAUUUGGAUUUGUCUCCUUCUUUUUUAUAUUCGCUAGACAUGUGCACCAGUGAAAUUUUCGUUUCGUACAAAUGAUUUCGUACUAAAUAAAAGUUUAUUUCGUCAAUCCCGAAUUUCGUCCACAAACCAUUAGGUUUUAAACGAACUUUGUUAAAAAAUAAUUUUGUUUAUAUCCGUUUGGACGAAAACAGCGGUGCACAUGUGCCAAAAAAAGUAAGGAGGAAGCCGGCAGUGCUACCAGCUCCCUCUUUGUAAUAAAUAACUAUUCCUACCCCCCCACCCCUGCAUUGAAACCUAUAGGGGUCACUAUAACCCCCAUAUUGAUAAAAAGGUAGGUUAAAUCCUCCUGCAUGCCGCGAGUAGGGGCAUGUCGCCUAAACAAAUUUAAAAGUACUGGUGACUGGGCAGCUAUUAGUGCCUAGCCACUAGUGCAAUAAGGGGGGACUUGGCACAGAUUAAAUCUUGCCGCAUACCAGCCCCUACCAGUGGCUGCUUGCUGUCAUUUAAAGCGGCACUGAUUUAUAAGCCUUCCCCCACCCUCCAGAGCUCAGUCUACGCGGAGCUCUCCAUGGGUGAAGAUGGAUUUUUUUUUUUCUCGGGUUUUUUAUUUUAAGUUCGACAGGUAUGAUGGUUUUUUUUAUUUGGCCUUUUUGGGGGGCUAAAAAAUGGGGGGAUAGGUAGGGGGUAACCUUUUUUUUUUUUUUUUUUUUUUUCUUUUUUUUUUUGGGGGGGAGUGGGUGACUAGGGGCUUGGGGGACCACUAGCCACCUUUGGGGGGGAGAUUUGUCUUAGGGCCCCCACCCGCUGCCCAGGGCUGGGGGCUACUGUCCUCCCCCCUCAAACCAUGCACCCCGCAGAUAAUGCUCUGAUACCUACAACUGAAACAUUUCUACGAUACGCUUCGCAAUAAAGACCGAUUACACAGAGACCUCACGUGGUUCGAGGAAUGUCAAUACCUUUUAACCGGACAUCUAACAGAACACGACACGUUCCGCAGAAAAUGGGAGACACUCCUUGCGAAACCACUCCCACAUCAACAAUGGGAUAAAGCAUUACUCUGGCAUCACAAGAUCACUAUUAGCUCACAACAAACUACAAGCUGUUGGCAACUUGGUAUAGAACCCCAUCUCUUCUCCACAGGAUAUUCCCAGCAAUAUCACCAAUGUGUUGGAGGUGCCUAACUGAACAGGGUACCACGAUUCACAUCUGGUGGAAAUGUAGCACAAUCACCCACUACUGGGAAAUGAUUAGACUUAACAUACAGGAGAUCCUAGGCAACAUGACUAAAUGGACAGCCGAACUGGCCCUACUCCACAUAUCACCGAUGUCGAUCUCCCGGUAUAAAAGAUCGAUCUUAAGACACCUAUUGAACGCAGCUAAAGCGCUCAUACCAGUAUACUGGAAAAAACAGAAAUACCCCGGAGAGAAGAAUGGAUACGCAGAGUGCAGGAAAUGCAGGGAGCGGAGGCGAUACACGCAUCUCUUCUGGGCAGGGCCAGCAAACACGCGGAGAUCUGGCUACCAUGGUUCAUGUUAAUCUCUGGGGGCUUCCAGGUAGACAACGGUAAGGUUGCCUGCAAGUGAGGGAGACACCUGCGUGGGGGGCAGCGCUCCGGACCGGGCCGCAGGCUCUCCGCAUCACGUGAGUACAGGGCGAGACAACCCCACUCACCGCCCUAAUUUAUUCUUCCUCCCGCCCUUUUCUGACCCACUCUUCCUAUUUCUUUCUUCUUUAUCUUAAAUGACAUACCAGGAGAAACCUAAGAUACACAUAGACAUACGGACGUUUGCCCACGACCGCACCUGCCUCAUGACAAAAACGAAGACAUCAUUGAAUGGUACCUCAUAUAUCAGACAUGAACACACACACUGAGAUUGAAAUUACACCUUACGCCAAGAUAAAACAUGCUCGGGAAGACGCAUCAGUCACCGAGAGCACGUAACUGCCUCGCCAACAAAACCAGCGGAACAAAACCCAGCUAACACAAUGACACAAAGACCCCAAGUAUCGCAAACCCCGAAAUGUGGGGUGAUAGACGAGCUGAAAGGGGGGACACGUUCAAUUGACUACUGAUAGAAAUUGAUCAUCAACAGCAACACGGACACAUGAAGUUAGACAGUAAACAACGAAAGGCAGGGAACGUGCUCCCCUAGAGGUGCUGUAACCUGCAUAACUAACGGACACCAACCUGUCCGUCAACGAAUACUACAUCACAAAGUCUACACCUGACGUCCGACUUCUGCAAUAGCAAAUUUUGAGAAGAUGGAAACGUCCUAGGCAUGCUAAUAUAAACACAUGUGAUACUUGCAUUAACUGUAAAAUGUUAUAUAUUUGUAACCCAAUAUAGGACCUGCGAGUCCACAAGGCUGUAUCUACAUUUACUUUCUACUGCUCAUCUCCUUUACACAAUAAGAUGUAAAAAAAAACAAACAAAAAUCUGUAUUUUAUAUUGAAGUAAUAGAAAGCUACAGUAAGAGUACAUGUAACCAAAAGUUAAAUCAAAAACUAUAACAAUGUUGCAAUAUGAAAAAGUAGCUAUCUAGAUAGCCACUUUUUACGUGUCCGCUUUACACUUCCAUACACCAUACAUUUAUAUCCAGUUUUAAAUGACAGCCGGUGUUCUAUCAUUGUGCAAUACCCCGUCACUUCCGGUGAGGGGAAUCAGCUGGCUCCUGUGCUGCACAUGCGUGCUAGCACUCCUGCUACUCCUCCACAGCAAGGUCCUGGAAGGUAAGUAAAACUAGUUUUACACUUUCAUUAUAGUUAGUGCAUUCACUAAGCUUAGGCAAAUGGGACAUUUAGGGUUAAGUGAGGGUUCAAAUUAGGGUUAGGUAAAUUAUUUUAACCUCUCUCACACUCUAUUCUUACCCUAACCCUUGGGGUAAGGGUUCAAAUAAAGUGUGAGAAAUCACUAUUUAGUGAUAUUCUCCUAAUGUGAAAUAUCACUAAAUAUGAGCAAGUCCCUAAUCCUAACCCUAAUUUGAACCCUAACAUUAACCCUAAAUGUCCCAUGUCCUAAGCUUAGUGAAUGCACUAACUAUAAUGAAAGUGUAAAACUAGUUUUACUUACCUUCCAGGACCUUGCUGUGGAGGAGUAGCAGGAGUGGUAGCACACAUGUGCAGCACAGGAUCCAGCUGAUUCCCCUCACCGGAAGUGAAGGGUGUAUAGAAAUUUGACGGGGUAUAGCACAAUGAUAGAACACCGGCAGCCAGUGGCUAAAUAAAUGUAAUUUGCAACCAAUCACAGUAUUAUGAGUCAAAUUACACAGCAUGGGAAAAUUCCAACGCAUUUUCCCACGCUGUGUAAAAUGACACAGAGCACUCUGGUUGGAUUUCAAGGCAACCAAUCAGAGUGCUUUGACCCAUCCCUAAGACUCACAAAGAUAUGUGUACGAGUGCCAAAAAAGGAAGGUUUAUUUACCACCCACAGUUAUAAAAAAAACAUGACAUGAGCUAAUCUUCUGUGUAGCAUAUGGCUCUAUAAGCAUUAACAUUUUUAGACUAAAAUUAAUCUAUUUUGAAUUCAUGUUGUACUUUCACAGUUGUUUCAUUGAUAUUGCAAUAUUACAUUAAAACGUUUUCAUUUCAUGUGCAGGGGUAGGAAAAUUGUUUUGUCUUCAAUAUUCUCUCUUCCUAAAUCCUUCCUCAAAGACAUAAAUCAACUACAUUCAUUGGACUUUUUCGGUCCACUCAAAUGACACUAAUUUAGCAACAUGAAGAAUGUCAGGUGCAGGCACUCAGGAUAUUGGAAAAGGCUGAUUUAUUGGAACAAAGGAGCUUGACAAAAAUCUCUGUGCACGCCAAAAUGUUGCAAUAUCCUGAGUGCCUGGACCUAAGUUGGGAUUUGCAAACCCUGGGCCUGAAGCAACUGGAAUGUAUGCGAGAGUGCGGGAUCUUUUUGUGUAUAGUACUAAUUUAGCAACAGUCAUUUGACACUUACAUUGAUUUUUCUCUACAGGUUUGAAAAACGAAUUUACAUCCCUCUUCCUGAAGAGCAUGCUCGAGCUAGUAUGUUCAAGCUUCAUCUCGGGACAACCCAAAACAGCCUCACAGAAGCAGACUAUCGAGAGCUAGGAAAAAGAACACCGGGAUAUUCUGGUGCUGACGUCAGCAUCAUUGUGCGUGAUGCCCUAAUGCAGCCAGUCAGGAAAGUUCAAUCUGCCACUCACUUUAAAAGGGUAUGUAUUUAUUAUCUAAUGAUAAUGCCUGCUUGUAAAGUGUAAAGUGGUGUGUGUGUGUGUGUUCUGUUUUUUUUUUGUCUUCAUAUUUAUAAAAUUAACCCCUUCAAUGCCAAUUGAUCAGACUAUAGUGAUCAAUUGGCAGGGACUACAUUUUAUGGUCACCAGAUUUAUUUAUUUUUUUUACUCUCAGGGGUUAAAUUUAUUUUAUUUAUUUAGAUAUUUUAAAGUUCUAUAUUUAGCUAGCUGGGGUGGGUGGAAGUUAGUGGGGAACUUGGUGUUCGGCUAGCUAGGGGUUAACGUUUAAAGGGUUUUUAAAAAAGUUUUAUUAACAUUAAAAUAAUAAUAAUAAAUCCCACCCCUCCUUUACCCAGUCCUAAUAAAAAUUAACGCCUUCCCUGCCAGUUGAUCACUGCCUAUGGUGAUCAAAAUACAGAUCACAGUAUAAUACUGUGAUCUGAUUUUUAUUUUUAUUUUAACCCCUGAGGGGUUACACUUUUUUUUUAUUAAAUUCUUUAUUUUAAUUUUCUAAUGCAGAGCAUGUUAUAAAGAAGAACGUGAGCAGUUACAUUACAUUUCCAGCGAUAAUUUUCCAAACAGUGAACUUUUAUUUUUUUUUAACCCUCAGAGGUUCAGUUUAUUUCAUUAAUUGAUUUAUUAUAUAUUUUGCUAGCUGGGGUGGGUGGGCGUUAUGGGAAAUUGGGGAAUUUACUGUUAGUGCUGCUUACUGCUAUUAGGGGUUAACAGUAAAAAAAUGUUUUUUUAAGAAAGUUUAAAAAAUUUAAUAAGUUUAAAAAACAAAAAAAUGUUUUUAAAAGAGUAAAAAAAUAAAUUUUAAAAAUGCUCAUUACAUGCCAAGGUUCAUAAUAUGCCUUUUGAAAUAUCCAGGGUGUAUUCUUUAAAAAAUGGUAUGCGUUUAUGGAGUAGUUUGAAUAACAAACCAGCUAAACUACUCCAAAGUGGAACAUGGACAUAGUGUAAAACUUCAGUUAGAAAAAAAACUGGCUGCGUCUCAAAUGAGCCCCUUCACCAUCCACAUAUACUUAGCAAAGGUACAUAUUGAGGGUAUUGCUGUACUCAGACAACAUAGCUGAGCAACAUAUGAAGUAUUAUACAGCCGUAGCACACAUAAGGUUUGCAAAAUAUACUGUACAAACUCACUUUGUGUGUCAAAAGGCAUAAAAAUGCUUAUUACUACUACACUUGGUACAAGCUAGUGGAAAAUGAUGCAUCGCUAAGGUUUAAAAUAUGCAUUUUGAAAUACCCUAGGAUGUCUUCUUUAAAAAAAAAAAUGGUAUGCCUUUAUGGUGUAGUUGGAAUAUGCAGCCUGAUAAAGUGCUCCAAAGUGGGACAUGGAUGCAUCAAAACCCUCCAUGAAAAUUCACACUUGAAAAAACCUGAACUUGUCAUGUCUCUUUUACAGCACUGUAACUUCACAAAAUAGAAACAAAAUGGAAACAUAGAAUGUGUCGGCAGAUAAGCACCAUUCAGCCCAUCUAGUCUGCCCAAUUUUUUAAAUACUUUUAUUAGUCCCUGGCCUUAUCUUAUAGUUAGGCCUUAUGCGUAUCCCACACGUGCUUAAACUCAUUUACGAUGUUAACCUCUACCACUUCAGCUGGAAGGCUAUUCCAUGCAUCCACUACCCUCUCAGUAAAGUAAUGCUUCUGAUAUUAUUUUUAAACUUUUUCCCCUCUAAUUUGAAACUAUGUCCUCUUGUUGUGGUAGUUUUUCUUCUUUUAAAUAUAGUCUCCUCCUUUACUGUGUGGAUUCCCUUUAUGUAUUUAAAUGUUUCUAUCAUAUCCCUCCUGUCUCGUCUUUCCUCCAAGCUAUACAUGUUAAGAUCCUUUAACCUUUCCUGGUAAGUUUUAUCCUGCAAUCCAUGAACCAGUUUAGUAGCCCUUCUCUAAAUAGUGGCUAGGUCAUACAUUGGGCAUAUUGUUUUAUUCAGAAGAUGUAACUGAGCAUAGUUUCAGGGAUUUUAUGACAGUGGCAAAUAAAGUGUAAGAAAUACUCAGCAAAAAUGCAACAUGUAUGUAAAAAAUUUUCCCCUCACCACAAACAUUGGCAUACAUUGGUGAAAAAAUGGUGACCGGUUAAGGCACAAUAUAUGCCAUAUAAGAUACACUGGGGUGUCUGCUUUAUCAAAUGAAAGCCCUUUGUGGGGUUAUUUGAACAGUCACACUGUUAUAAUACCCUAAAAUGAGACAUGUAAAAUCCAUCUAUGAAAAUUCUGACUGUAGAAACUGAAAUAACCUUGUCUCUUAUAUGGCAUUGUAGCUUUGCAGAAUAGUGCCAAAGGCAUACAAUGGAGGUAUCGUUAUACUCAGCAGAUGUGGCUGAACACAAUAUGGGGUUCUGUGCAGGAAUAGCACACCAGCUUUUUGAAAUACACAUUACAAAAACCUUGUUAUAUGUGUAUAUGCCAAAAUAGAGGGGGAAAAAACUAAAUUUUACUCCAAUAUUUAGCAGAGAUUGGCGAUGAAAUGGCUACGUGAAGUGUCAAACUAACCUUAGGUAAAUAACAUGUGAUAUCUAUUUUAUAUAAAUAUAUACUUUUCUGUGAUGGCUACUAAACCUACAAGACAAACAUACCAACUUCUAAAAUUGUUUGACAUUGAAAUUUUAUUUUAGUCCUUGUAUUUUGUGUCCUGUAAUUUUCAAAAUAAGCUGAAAUCCUAUACAUAUUAUGUACUCUAUAAAUCAAGACACAUAAAUGAAUAUAUUUUGAAUUAUUUUUCAUAAGCUGGAAAUUAUGCACACGCUAUUAUUGCCAAAACUGUGGGGGAGGGGGGAGAAAUGUUUUGGCAUUAAUGAGAAUUUAUCUAUAUAUAUGUAACAUCAAAUUAAAGCCCUUUUUGCCCCUCUAAAAAACGGUAUACAGUAUGUGUUGGUGCAAUAAAUGACAAAGAUGCAAAUUGCGUUUGAACACAAACCGCAAAAAUGGCUUGUGUCCUUAAGGGUAUGAUAAACUUUUGAAGCCGUCUCAUUAAGGGGUUAAUACAUGCAAGUGAGUUUUUUUGUUUGUUUGUUUUUGUUUUAAUCCAAACACAAGCAUAUUCCUUCAGUGCUGUCUCUUUCGUUUUGUAGAGCGGCCAACUGCCUAUUUAAGUAGUGUAUCCGCUGCAGCACUCUGAUAUGUAUUUAUCUAUGCUCCUAUUCCUAGAAUAGGUUUAUUUUUAUGUUGUUAUAUAAUUUAACAUGGAUUACAUUUCCAUGAUCUAUCCUUCAUAAAUGUGUGAUUCCUACUAUUAUUGUUAUUCAUAUUCCUAACUAUUUGACAUUUAUUGUCGUUCAAAAUAUUCCACAACAAAUAACAAGCUCACAUGUACCUUCGUAGUAUAGCACAUCCUUAUCUCUACAGUUCAUGAGAACCUGUGUGGUGUUCUUUACUGUUUUGUUUUGGGAGGCUGGUGAGGACACAAAUCUAUCAUAAAAUGUUACUAUAUGUUUUGUAAUACAAUCUAUUUUUAUUUAGGUACGUGGUAAAUCUCCUCUCGAUCCAAAUGUAAUCCGUGACGAUCUCCUUACCCCAUGCUCUCCUGGUGAUCCAAAUGCUGAAGAGAUGACCUGGAUGGAUGUUCCAGGAGAUACAUUGCUGGAGCCAGUUGUAUGCAUGGUUAGUUGUGGUCAUUUAUUUUUAUUUUUCCCCCAAAUAAAGGGGAACCAUUACUACUUAGGACUUUGAAAUGGAAACUUUAGCUUCUCUGUUGAUCACCAGUAAAUAAACAUUGAAAAUCACAUUUAACUUGUGUGAAAGGGACUCUCUCUCUAAGCACCAAAAGAACUUUAGCUUAACCCCUUAAUGACCAAACUUCUGGAAUAAAAGGGAAUCAUGACAUGUCAUGUGUCCUUAAGGGGUCAAAGCAAUAGUUAAAGUGUCAUAGGUUAUGGUGCCAGUAGUAUCCCGGUGCUCUCACAAUGUAAGUCAAGCCAUUUAGUAAUGGUUUAUAGUCUUUCCUGGGGUCCAACUAGCACCGCUCUCUACCUUCUUUGUUGGAAGCUCUUAGCUCUUGGCUAAGUCUGGUGGUGCAGAGCUUGGAUCAUUAGCUGAAAAAGGUCAACUGACACUUUCAGUUAGGUCCACACUUAGCUAAAUAGAGCUAAUGAAAGUUCUAAGUAGGAGGAUCAGGCUCUCCUGGAUCAAGCUCUCCUGGAUCAGACAAGGAUCCUAGGUAAGAAGUUAAACCAUUGCUGAACAGUUUGAUUUAGAUUUUGUAUUUUUUUUUUAUUUAUUUUUUUGAGGUUGCAGAAGUAAACAUUUUUAUACAGGCUGUGAGAGUCAGAGGCUGCAAAAACAAUGUAUUUUAACUCCUAAACAGCAGAGAAUUGAGCAGUGACACAGCAUGAGCUUUACAACAUAACCACUUAAUUAACGCUUUAAAUACUACAUGGUGGCAUGGCCCUGCACUGCAUAAAAUCAUAGAAACUCAUGCAAUAACAAUACUGACAGGGUUAAAUCAUCUCAAAGUUAGUGCUGCACAUAGCCAUUUAACUACUGCAGCUGAGAAAUUGCACUCAGCCAUGGUAGUUCUGAGCCUGCACCUAGCCUAGCUACUACUAAUAUCGGGAAACUGCAGAUAUCUUUCAAUACCUGAGAUCCCUCUGUCAUCUGAGGCCACAAUUGGUCGCCCUAGACUGACAGGUGAGCGAUGUGCAACAUUUUAAAUCACUGCGGCUUGGCAUUCACGCCCAGCUGCGGUGAUUCUGAGUGUGCCUCUGAGUAGACCCUGGUGAAGUCUACCUGCAAGCCUAUUUGCCCAGUAAUCUGUGCUGGAAUUUGCCAACUACACACAACCGUUUUAGUAGAUGCAGGAUGAGAGGUAGAUCUCCCUGUCGUGCUGCAAUCUGUACUGUGUGAGCUGGAAAAUCCCUCAUGUCCAUACUCCUUUUUUGUGUUGCGGUUUUGUAUUCUGUGACUACUAGAGAAAUUGUAAUCGCAACAUGCCAAAUGUUGAAUACUUGAAUAAAAACAAACAGAUAACCGCAGCUGAAUAAGCUAAUAACAAAGAUGAGGUAAAAGGUUUCAACCUAGAUCAGUCUUUUUCAGUUUGCUGUUAUCUAUUUGUUUUUAUUUAAGUAAAGUUUAUUCAGUGUCAUUUGAGUGAUUUUAGACACUGGGGGUUGUUGCACUUACAUUUGCACUUUUAAGCACCAAUCCACCUUUAUUUUAUCCUUUCUUGGAUUUAAUUUUGUGUGUGUGUAUUUAUAUUUUUAUAUAUUAAAAAAAAUUAUAUGUAAUUUUAUUCUAACUGUAUUUUGAUAUUAAUAUAUAUUUAGAUCAAAAUACACUUAGAAUGAAAAUAAAAAAAUAAGAAAUCUACAUAUGUCCAUAUACAUAAUUACAUAAAUAAUUUCAUAAAUAUACAAGUAGACUUCAAAUAUAUAAAUAUGUAUAUUUAAAUUCUACAUGAAUAUUAAUGUGAUAUUUUUAGAUAAUUAAGUAAUUUUAUUGAUUGCAGUUUGAGGGACCUGCCUGAUAACCCAGGCAGAAAGUCCAGAGAAUUUAAUUUGCUAGCACUCUAUUUAACCCUCUAACUUUCCAAGACAACAUAAAACAUGUACAUGGGGGGGUACUGUUUUACUCGGUAGACUUCGCUGAACACAAAUAUUGGUGUUUCAAAACAGUAAAAUGUAUUACAACGAUAAUAUUGUCCAUGAAAGUGACUUUUUUGCAUUUUUUCACACUCAAACGGCACUUACACAGAUGAUAUAAUUGUUGUGAUACGUUUUUACUAUUUUGAAACACUAAUAUUUGUGUUCAGCGAAGUCUCCUGAGUAUAACAGUACCCCCCCAUGUACAGGUUUUAUAGUGUUUUUGAGAGUUACAGGGUCAAAUAUAAGGCUUGAUUUUUGUUUGGUUUUUUGGGGGGUUUUUUUACAUUGAAAUUUGCCAGAUUGGUUAUGUUGCCUUCGAGAGCGUAUGGUAGCCCAGGAAUUUGAAUUACCCACAUGAUUGCAUACCAUUUGCAAAAGAAGACAACCCAAGGUAUUGCAAAUGGGGUAUGUUCAGUUUUUUUUGUUUUUGUUUUUAGUAGCAAUUUAUAUUUACUUUUUUAACAUACAAACAAAUAUAAAUGCUAACUUUGGCCAGUGUGGCUACUAAAAAAAAAAAAAGACUGGACACGCCCCAUAUUGAAUACCCUGGGUUGUCUACUUUAGAAAAAAAAUGUAAAGUUGAAAAAUGUUUUGUUUUUGUUUUAUCAUUUUAUAAAAAAUAUUUUAUAGUAGAUUAUAGGAUAUGAUGAAAAUAAUGGUAUCUUUAGAAAGACCAUUUAACGGCGAGGAAACACGGUAUAUAAUGUUUUGUUUGUGUUAUCUUAUGCCAUUCAUGUUUUACACUUCUGGCAUUAUUUGAACUGGUAUCAUACAACAGAGACAAAUCACUUCAGUAUGUACACUUCUACAGACACAGUGGGCAUGUAAUUAUAUCUAGUUUAGGACAUCAUUUCAAGUUGGGAUAUAUUUUGAGUAGUACAGUUAGAGUGAAUUAUUUUACACGAUCUGAAGAAGGCUUUCGGGGGAAGUUGUAAAAAUAUAAACAAUGCUUAUAACUCUUUCCUAGAGAGCAAAUGGCAGAAGACAAUUUUUUAUUUUACUUUUUACAUUUUCUGCCAAUUAUACUCUGAUGUUUCUAUCCACCAAAAUGUUAUCCACACAUAGGAUUUCAUCAUUUGAAUGUAGAUUCUGUUCAGUAAAAAAACAAAUCAUAUCUAAUAGUAUGUAUAGCUCACUCUACCUUUAAAACUUUAUGGUAAACAGCAGAAUAUACAGGGUUUUUUUAAUCAAAAAAGGAAGCCAUGUCAAUACCAAAUUUUAUUAUAAAAAGGGACACUCUGGGGACCAUAAUGACUUCAUUGAAAUAAAGAGGUUAUGGUGCCAGAAGGUCCUUGGCACCAGAUUAUCUUAUGCCCAGCACCUGUCUGCUCUGGCCCUCAAACAGCGACUCUGCUGAUCAGCUGACACUCUCAGCCUAUCAGUAGCGUCCCAUUCACAAAGCACAGUGACAAAAAAGUAUGUACAUUUCUCACUCUGAGUGAGGUAAACUGGCACCAUAACAACUUAAUGUUGACAAAGUUAUUAUGGUGUCUUGAUUUGUCCCUUUAACAAAUGUAAGAAUCAUAAAUUAAAUGCAUAGGGUACAGUUGUGAUAAUAAGGUUUUUGUACUUCCUAAUUGCACGAAGGUUGUUUUAGUUACAAAAUUAAUAUUAUUACUUUCUAGUCUAGCAUAAAAAUUUCGGAUUUGCAUUUUUAUUUUUUUUAUUACAGGCUGAUAUGAUGAGGUCAUUAUCAAACACCAAACCUACAGUAAAUGAACAAGACUUGGAAAAAUUAAAGAAAUUCACAGAAGACUUUGGACAAGAAGGUUAAACCACCAAACAGACCAUUGGUAUUUUGUUCCUCUAGCUUAGAUAUUAUUUACUUGUAAUAAAUGGCAUACAAACCAGGAGAUGCAUGCCAAUAUACAGACAUCUUAAGCAAAAUGGAAAAAAUACUGAAUUUCAACAGUUCAUAGCUCUUGUAAAUUAUAUAUGUAUAUUCUAGCGUCUACUGUAAAUUGUUUACUGCAAAGCCUCCAGGCUGCCAUUUAUUGACAGCAUUCCUACCACGUGUAAUCAGAGUUGCCUGAACUUCGUGAAAAGGUUCUUGGGGAAUUACACAGAAAACAGAUUUAUUUUAAGAUGCAUAAUCUUUGUAUGAAUGUUGAAGUUUUGAAAUUGAAGUUCAUACACUACUCUGCUGUUACCUGCUCCAUACAAAAAAAAAAAAAUCAACACUCAUGCAACAGUAUGAGUAACCAUACACAUAAUUGUUUUGAUUUUAAGCAAGAAAUAAAAUAGAUGGCCUUCGGUUGUAAAGAAAAGGAUUUAAAUGCCAACAAUGACAAUUUUCGGUACUGAAAAGAACACUCACUUUUUUACAAAAGUAGUAAAAAAAAAUCCAACAUUUGCCAAUUUAAAGGAUAUGAUAUUCCAUAAGCACUCUCGGUUCCUCUAUUAUUAUUAUUACUUUUUUGUGGGACGUACAAGGUUUGUAUUAAGCAUACAUAUGUUAUUUUCAUCUUCAUAGGCAAACAUAGGAAAACUAAAGCAUUCAUUGAUUAUUAAUCUGUAUAUAUUUUGUAGAACUAUAUAUGAUAUUUUCAAAACCGUUAACAUUUGUUAGAGAUCUGUCCUUAUUUUUUUUUUAUUUUUUUUUCAUUAUUUGUCUUUUCGUUUUGUUUUUUCCCUCAAUCGAGUGAUGACAAUUUCAAUAAAUAUUUAAAGUUUUGCAGAUAAUUGCUUGGUGCAUAAGGAAAACUGAACUCUGCAGUUUAAGGGGGCUAGUUUGAUAUGUUCUAAGCAAAGCAAAAAAAGGUUCAAUCUCAAAUAGCAUAUUUUAUAUUCAUGGAUUUUGUCAUGUGACUGAAUGUAUUUUGUUAUGCCUCUAGUGUCUGACUUUGUGCCUUGUAGAUAUUCAAAACGCAAUACAUUCCUUUAUUUUGGAGUUAUUUUUAGGCUAUGCGAAACAGGUACACUGGGAUUUUUACUUGUAGUUUGCCAUGCUGUCAGUACAUAAACAUCUUUCUCCUACUGAGCAGUAGAAUAAUUUAAGAAUAGAAUUUUACAUUUUACUAAUUACCUAUAUAUUUUGGGGUUUUUUUUUUGUUUUUUUUUGUUUUUUACACUAUUGGUUUUGGCUUUCUUGAUUUUUGUCCAUUUAGUCCAUGUUCAUUUAUGAAAUUACAGAACUUCUGUUGAAUUUAACAUGUUCACUACAGAAAAUGCAUUGCUUCCAAAAAAAUUGUGUUCAUUUAUGUUUUUGUUUGUCAUUUUUGAUUAUCUAUUAAAAGAAAAAAGUUCUAUGAAAAGACUGAUUUUCUUGUGAGACCUAAGAGAGCAGGGCUCAACAUUUCCACUAUUCCCCUCACAUUAUGCAGAUAUUUAACCCUGGCAAGAGAAUAUGUUUAUUCAGACCUCAAACCCAGAAAGACAUUGCUAGCUGCUAGAAGUCUAGUGGUAAGCAG